UCCCCUCUCAACUUGGGCUACACAAGCACCAGAAUCAAUUACUCACUGGCAUCACUUUGCCAGCAAGACAGCCUCCUCAUUUCUAAUAUAAAAGCACCCUCAAUCGCCGCCCCCCAAACCGACUCGAGGAUUGUUUUCGUCUCCAUCCUCUUCUCCCUCUAUCAUCUUUAUUCCCAAGCAGGUACGCUCCAAAGCACAACAUCAAGCAAUCAUGUCUCCCAUCCAAUCCCUUGGUAAACUCCUGGUUCUGAUUCUCGUCUCUUCAAGCUCCGCCAUGUCUCUCACUCGCUACACUGCACCCAUUCCCCAGGGCGCGAAGGUGGUCGAGACGCGUGAGCAACUCAACCAAGUAGUCCGGGAAAAUCCCGAGACUGUCCUGUACGAUCAGGAUGGUGGCUACAUGUUGAAAGAUGAGAGCGGAACCGUGGUUGCUGUAGCUGCGGACUCUCUGUGUCCCGAGUUGGACCAGGCCUUGGCUGAAGUUGAGGCCCUCCAAGCAGAGACGAAGCUGGCUGGCAAUGCCGGAGACCAAGGUGAUACCACCAGCAAGAAAAGAGACGUUAAUGAUGUUCAGGACACUAAUCGUCCACUUCGCUGUUCUCAUCCUAGAUGCUUCAAUUCCGCCAUCUGCCUGACCUAUACCGAUUGUCACGUCUGUUUGCGACAGCACCACUGUAUCUGAGGUGGUUGAUACUUUACACGGUGGGGUUUGGAGGGGUGGGAGGAGCUUGAGAUAAGGAGGAUUUGCGAAGAAUGGGAUUGAUGGAUGUGUUAUAGUGGACUAUUUGGAU